AUGAAGAAAAACAUUGAUGUAUAUGAUUUCAACGAAGAUGACGAGCUCGCUGAGUCUGCAGCUGGAAAGUUGUUGGAAAAAUUCACAAACCCUAGUCCGUGCAAUUCUCCGGUUCUGCAACGCCAACGCAUCCGAAGCUUUUGCCAUGACAAACGUGUUCAGAACGAGGAACUGGAAGGCACAAGUUGUGCAGAGGCUGAUACUGCUUUAGUGGAUCAUCAUUGUGAAGAUUCUCCGACUUUAGUAACAGAAGCUGAGGAAUCCGGAGUGAGUCUCACAUUUCGUUUGGAAACCAGAGACCAUUUGAAAGAAACAGAUGCAGAUCACGAUAAUCAUGAUUUGAUGUUUGGUUUGAAUACUGAAGACCAUGCAAAAGAAACAGAUGCAGAUAACGAUAAUCAUGGAUUGAUGUUUGGUUUGAAUACUGAAGAUCAUGCAAAAGAAACAGAUGUAGAUCACGAUAAUGAUGGAUUGAUGUUUGGUUUGAAUACCGAUGACGACAUUGAAGAAACUGAUGUAGAUCAUGGAUUGGAAAGUUUCUCUUGCCAGCCAGACGCGAAAAGUUUCUACGCUGGAACUUCGUCGUACAGCCAACACCAGCUAAACUCAUCCCUUUCAGAUUCUUCAUCCAGUGAGGAACAAAAUGAUAUGAUAUCAGCUAUUGAUGAAAGCUUGAGUGAUCGAUCUGCGCUGAGUGAAGCUUCUGAUUCAGAAGGUGAUGAAGAUUGGAUGGCUGAACACUGCUUCAAUGAUGUGGAAAAGAUUGACAGAAACACGACUGUUAUCAUGACUCCAGAGUAUGUUGUACUUAAGGAUACGUCUUGUGCUGAAUCUCUGGUAAUGUUUUCAUGCAAUGGCAUCAAAAUAAAGAGUUACAUUGCAAAUAAUGAAGAAGGGCCAUUCUCUUGUGAAUUUGGAGUUGAAGACAUAGUUAGUAUUCAAUACAAUUGGUACCAAAAUGUUGGGUUGAUCAUUCUCAGAAUUCGAGUUCUAUUGAAGGAUGAAAAAUGUCAUGAAGAUAUGCAACACACUACAGACAUUGAUGAGUUGAAGUUUGCGGUUAAAGAACACAACUGGCCUGAGAAGCAACAAAAGAUUAACUCGCUGCAUGUGAAAUACCCAGCUGUAUGGAAUGCUGACCUCGAUGAUGACGUGGAAGUAUCAGGGGAUAACUUGCAUCAACGGAAGCGUUAUUUUCCAAGCUUUGAUGAACCAUUUGAGGAUGUUAUCUAUCCAAAGGGAGAUCCAGAUGCUGUUUCAAUUUGCAAAAGAGACGUUGAGCUCUUGCAGCCAGAGACAUUUGUGAAUGACACAAUCAUUGACUUCUAUAUUAAUUAUUUGAAGAAUCAGAUUCAAACGGAGGAGAGACAAAGAUUCCAUUUCUUUAACAGCUUUUUCUUCCGGAAACUUGCUGAUCUCGACAAAGAUCCAUCAAGUAUAGCUGAUGGAAAGGCUGCAUUUCUUCGUGUCCGUAAGUGGACAAGGAAAGUGGACAUGUUUGGGAAGGACUACAUUUUUGUGCCGGUGAACUUCAAUCUUCACUGGAGUUUAAUAGUCAUAUGUCACCCUGGUGAAGUGGUUAAUUGUAAAGAUCUGGACUUGGAUGACUCCACAAAAGUACCCUGCAUAUUACAUAUGGAUUCUAUUAAAGGGAGCCAUGCAGGUCUUAAGAAUCUAGUCCAAAGUUACUUGUGCGAGGAGUGGAAGGAGAGGCAUAAGGAGACAUCAGAUGAUAUUUCUUCCAGAUUUAUGAAUUUGCGGUUUGUCUCACUUGAGUUGCCGCAGCAGGAAAACUCAUUUGACUGUGGCCUCUUUCUGCUGCACUAUUUGGAGCUAUUUCUUGCUGAAGCUCCCAAUAAUUUUAGUCCUUUCAAGAUAUAUGAUACUUCCAACUUUCUUUAUCUGAAUUGGUUUCCUCCGGCCGAGGCUUCAUUGAAGCGUACUCUGAUUCAGAAGUUAAUUUUUGAACUCCUUGAAAACCGUUCACGGGAAGUUAGUAAUGAACAGAAUCAAUCCUGCGAAAGUCCAGUGCAUGUCAAUAACAAUACGGGCAUCGAGGUUCUCUCUGAGAGAUGCAACCCCUUGAUUGACUGUAACGGGAAUAUGACACAGACGCAAGACGAUCAAGGAAUCGAAAUGACUUUGCUUGAAAGAUCUUCCAUGAGGAACGUGCAACCUGCUAAUGAUUCCGGUAUGGUACUAAGGGAUUUAUUCGAUUCAGGAGCCAACAACACAGGAUCAUUACUUGGACAACUACAACAAACAUUUGAGGAACCAUCUUCGUUUUAUAAUCUUAGCAACAACUCAUUAGCAGGAGAGCAAGUAGACAUUGAAACUGGUGAACAGUUCAUGUGUCUGAACGCUGGAGAGGGUAACUUUCAACGCAUCACUGGCAGUGCAUCUCCAAGAGCAUCUAUGUCAUUAUCUUCAUGGAACCUUGGUAUUAUGGCGGAGCCAAACGAAGAUGAGGCUGAAUUGUUAUCUGAAACUUCGAAAAGCUCUUCUUCUAAUGAUUCAGAAGAUAUUGGUAUAAUAGAAGACAGUCCAAUGCAAAAUGAUGAAAGAGAAACCGGCAAGAGUCCACCAAGAGAGAAGGUCUCUUUAUUUUCUGCAACCAUGGGUCUGAGCACUGACCAUAUCACUGAGAAUGAAGAGUUUGUUUCUAGUCCGGUGGUUCCAUUGAGUCAAGAUGACAGAGACGAGGAGAAGCCAUUGGAGCUUGAUCUUGAAGUUGGGGACAAGACGCGUGAUGAUCUUGGAAUUGGGGACAAGGUGAGUGAUAGUCUUGGAAUUGAGGACAAGACGAGUGAAGAUGUUGGAAUCAUUGGGGACAAGACGAGUGAAGAUAUUGGAGAUGAGGAGGAGCCAGUGGAGGGAGAAGAUGAGGAGCGAGCUGCGAAACGGCAAAGGCUAACUACGACAGGAGAAGAAGUGAAUGAGAUGGAGAGAUAG